ACCAUUUGUUUUCUGUUGCGGUUUUCAGCUAGUUUGCCAACAUUACAGGAAUUGUAAACGAGGCUAGACUCAGCUGAAUUGUUUAUUCAACGAAUACUGUGGAAUAGUGUUAUUUAGAUUAUCUAGUGCAUGUGGAUUAGAUUUGUUACUCAUUAAAAUGGAUCCAGGAAGAGGAGUAAAACUUGAUAUGUUUGAUGAUUUCGGGGGCUCGGUGGAGGGUGAAAUGACGGUGCCGAACCAACAACGAAGUCAGCAGCAAGGGACGCCAGAAUUCAACACACUGGACGAACCCAUAAGAGACACUGUGUUACGAGACCUGAAAGCUGUUGGCACCAAAUUUUUUCACGUCCUCUACCCCAAAGAAAAGAAAAGUUUACUGAAAGAAUGGGACCUUUGGGGACCGCUAGUGCUGUGCACGCUGAUGGCCAUGAUCAUUCAGGGAUCGUCUGGAUCUGACAACACAAACGAUGGCGGUCCCGAGUUUGCGGAAGUUUUCGUCAUCGUUUGGAUCGGGUCGAUGGUGGUCACGUUAAACUCCAAACUUUUGGGAGGAAACAUAUCGUUCUUCCAGAGCGUGUGCGUGCUCGGCUACUGCCUGCUCCCGACGACGCUGGCGCUCAUCAUCUGCCGGAUAAUCCUGCUCGUGGAGCAGAACACUUUCCUGUUCGCGCUCAGGUUCGCGAUAACCGUGAUAGGCUUCGCCUGGGCGACGUUCGCUUCGGUGGUGUUUCUCGGCGACAGCCAGCCGGCAGGAAGAAAAGCCCUUGCGGUGUACCCGAUUUUCCUCUUCUACUUCGUGAUAUCGUGGCUCGUGAUAUCUCACACGUGAUACCUACGCCUGUUCUCUGCCACCUGGCAGCCAGCGAGACUGGCGAGGCAUUUCUUUAACGUCUGUCAUAUGGUUUGCACAAGCCUGGUCUCCUGCUUACGUUUUUAAAUGAAGCUCUUUAUUUUAUGAUAUAUGUGAUGUGUUAAGACAUGUAUGUACAAGGUUUAUGUUUGUGUGUGAGUCAUCAUAAGUGUAUUGUUUUUAAAUGUACAUAAAGAAGAAGAAAAUGUUUUCCUUUCCAGUUUUUUUUUGUGUAUAAAAUUAAUGCUUGUUUCAAUUAUUAUUAUGAACUAUAGCUUUUGUAAAUACAUAUUGUUAAUUUAUUUACUUUGAAUAUAGCUGUAUUUGUUGGCAAAAUAUCUGUUUUGUACUGAUAUUUUUUAAUCCUUAAUUUUACUUCCAUGCUGUUUUUUUCAACAUUAAAAAAUUAAAUAAGUACUAGUCCAUGUGUCUACCACCUCCAUAUUAUAGCUAAACUCAUUAAGGAAAUUUUUUGAUGGUGUUGUAUCUCUUGUACAUAUUUCAGGAACAUCAUGUUUUCCUGUGGUUUAUUUCGGUGUAAUGUCCUUGCCAUGGUCGUGUUACUGGAUCUAGUGACAAUAAUGUAUCCUACUUGUUUCCGAUACUCCACAUGAAAAAUUAUGUAUUGACACAUGUAGCCUAUGUAAGGUUAUCAUUACUUAUGUAUUAUGUCAGUCAAGGCUUUUAUUCAGAUUGCUAAUUUAGUGAUGCAUUUCCAGCAGGAAUUUGAUUUCAGUUUGAAAUUGCAAUUUCUAAAUAUUUUAUUAUUUUAUAUGAAAACAUAUGUAGUAUAUACUAUAGAGCCCCACCACCGAAUGCUGUGAGUGAAAAACCUGUAAUGUUUAAGUUGUUAGUUUGUUUACUUGCUGUCAUUUCAGAUUAUUAGCCAAACCUGUGUACCAAUGCAAGAUCUACAGAAAGUUUUGUUACAGUUACAUAAAUUUAUUUAUUAAAAAAAUUGAACUUAGAAUUUUUCUGUAAUGUAUUUUUUAUGAGUUGCAUCCAGUAGAACCCUUUCUUUACUCACGGAAUCACAGUUUGUGUCUUUUAGCUUGUCUUAGAUUUGACAUUUCUCAAAAGUAGUACCAGCUGUCUACGUAUCCUUCCACUACUGUUGUUCUGUUGAUAGUGUUUGUAAACAACUUUGCAUGGUUCUCAUUGUUCCUUAAGGGGCCCGCCUCGUCAGGGGUGUAUGUGUGUCGGCGAGGCGGGAUGAUAAGCGCGACGCUCGCUGGUGCUUCUAGCGCGGUGUCUCCUCUGGACUGGCGCGCAGUCUUCUCGUCGUGCACAUGAGCGGUGACCGUAACAUUAUAUGGCCGAGAAAUGAAGAUAAAGGUGUAUUGCAAGUCCCUUAAGUGCUUUAAAGAAUCUGUACCGGUUGUUUUACGCCUAAAAAUUACUCUGAAAACAUGCGUUUAAGCCAUUUUAACUCUUUUAGAAAUACAGUUUAAAAACUUAAUCCAACAUCAAAAGUACUUUUCGGCCCUCAGCGAACCCUUAAAUGCUUUUCGUAAGCAGACCCCCCACUCGGAUAUCUUGAGUAGUUUGAAAUCGUGUUGUUUUUCCUGAGCUCUGCACACCGUAUGUGUGUCCGGGUAGGCGGGCCCCUUAAGAAUCAUUGUGUGAUUUCUUUGCAAGUGACGUUUAAUGGGUAGGGACAACAUUAUACGGUGAGUUGCGAUAAAACCGAAACAACUCCGAAAAGCUAUUCAGUACACCAUAUAACACAUACAUGCUUGUUAAUAACAUGUUUUAUCGCAUAAUUGCCACACGUUUUAUACUAAAAUAAAGUUUGGAAAGUAGGAGGUGUGAUUUUUAUGCGAAAAAGAAUUUUUUGCUGGGUAAAGUUAUUCAUUAAAACAAAACCUGUUCUUGGAAAGUACAUUUGUUUAAAAAUUAUUGUAUACAAAAGCACGUGAAACCAUUUAAUUUAAUGAGUCGUGCAACAAAAGCAUUUUGUUCAACUUUAAAAUAUAAAAAUUGAAAUCGGUGACUCGAAUGUGAACCGGAACUAACGCACAAGUAUAUCAAGUAUUGUCGUAGUACACACUUCCAAUGAAAGAGUGCAGGCUAUCAAAUGUAGUUAACUCGGAAACUAGACAGAGCGCGCUCGUUGCAUGCAAUCAGUGAGCUAUCGAAUCGAUAUUCGACUGCAUGCGCAUGCUCUAUGCGGCAAUCAACAUAACCAAACAUGAAUAAGCAGUGCACAGUGGCAACGAAGAAGAACAAAUAAUGAUUAUAACGUUUUAAAAGUCUUUAAAAGAAAAAAAAAGGAUUUGCACAUCAGAAAACUUUGUAUUUGUGUUAAUUAAAUAAUUUACUGGAUAAUAUUUAAAAGAAUAUUAGAUUUAAACUUUAAAAUACAUUGUUUUAUAUGGGCAAACUACCUACACACAGUGCUCGGAAUUUAACAGCAGGACCAAAAACAACAUGCGACGUUUAUGUGAGAAUUUUCCUUCACCAAAUUUUCGCACCCUAAAAUAAUGGUAUGAUUAUACGAUAAAACACGGUACAUCAUAAAGCACUGAAAUGCAACCAAAAAUCAUUAAAUUAAUCUGCAUAUUUAAUCAAAACUCAAUCCAAAUUACAAAUAUGUAAUCUUUUCAAUGUAUUAAAUUCAAUAAUUAUAAAUUAUUUAGCAUGGAGUUUGUACCAAAAUCGUGUUGUAUUUGUUGAAAAAUGUGCUAGCUUUAUGAAUAAACAUAGUUUAUAAAAAAUCAAAACAAUAACAUUAAUUAAUAACCCCUCUUUUAAAAACAAAACUGUUCCAAAAUUAAAUCCGUAAUAUAUUUUCUCUAUUAAUGGGUAAAACGGAUACUUCUGUUGGGAACUGUCAUGCUUAAGACAAGUUGCAUGGCACAGACUAUAUAGUAUGAUAAUGCGAAUGGCAGGAAAGUGUUCAAAGGAAAAUCCAUUAUUAUUGGUGCAAUAUGGGACCACAGUGUUAAUUUACAGGGGUAAUAAAAAGGUUCUACUGUAGUCGUUAUUUUAAAAGUAAGUUUUGUUUGUACACAUAUUUGUAAAAAAAAAAUAUAUAUAUACAUUUAAUGAGAAAAAAAAAUCAGUUUUAUUUUCAGAGAAACUAGUUUUAUUGAGAGAAAAAAUCUGUAAAAACCUGGAAAAAUCUUUUGUUUUGCAUUUCUUUGAAGUGCUACAUAUCUCUCGUACUGUUAACAAUAAGUAGUUUGAGACCUUUAUGAAGUGGCGUAGGUUUUUUUUUUAUAAACACUGACCUUUCUGAAAACAAUAUUACAAUGUAUAUGAUGUGUGAUUUAUUUUAUGCGCACAAGUUUUUUCCAUUUUGGAAAAAAAAUAGUAAAUGUGCUUCAUUGUGAUGAAUAAAGGAAAAUAAUAAAAGUACUAGAUACUGAAUGCAAAACAUGUAGAUAUCUUAGAUAAAGUAUUCUGUUACUUAAUUCCGCUGCAGUGAAUUAAAUGUCCGGUUAAAUACUAAAAGGCUAAAAAAAAUUUUUUUUUAUGUUUUUAAAGUUUUUUACUUAAUUCUUUUGCAGUGACUGCAAACUGCAUAUAACAGUCCUGACUGUGCGGGCUAACAUAAAAAUCAGUUACUGUUAUGUACAAGUGACCAGUAAACACGUCAAAGUUUUCUGGGAUCUGAGAAAUGUUUGAGUACGAAAUUAUAGCUCUUGGUGAUUUACCAGAAAAUUUUGAUAAUAGGGUUUAAAAAUGAAGGUUUUUGGGGUUUAUUAUUUCCUUUAACUAAAAUGCAAGAUGACUCCGUUUACUAACGAAAUAGUCGCUUGGAAGCAAACGGUGAACGUUCAGUGUUACUUUAUAACGGAAAAAAACCAUAAUUACAUGCUACAGUCACAUUUGAUCUCAGGCGAAGACGAAGGCACAAAAAAGCUUUUCCACAAAGGUUUAUGCUGCUGCCUGUGGUCGAAAUUUCUAGUUCAAAACAUCCGAGCAAAAGUUAACAGCAUGGCCCGGACCAGUGGCGUAGCCAGGAUUUGUAUAUGGGGGGUGUUAAAAAGC